CUCUAGGGAUCUGCGAAGUGAAGUGAUGGCUACAAACAGCAAUGCAUCUCAGUCAUCUAUUCACUCCUUUAGUUGGAAUCAUCACCGUCAGACUUUUUUCAACACAAUCUUCAAUCUCAGGAAAGAAGAAGUCUUCUGUGAUGUCACCCUUGCCUGUGAUGGGAUUCUGUUUCCUACACACCGAUUAGUUCUUGCCAUGUGCAGUGAGUUCUUCAAUGAAAUCCUUACCAAGGUUCCCAGCCAGCAGCCAAUGCUAGUGUUGGUGCCAACUGUCAGUGCAGAAGACUUGGAGGCCUUACUCACUUACAUAUACCGAGGAGAAAUGCAAGUUCCUCGAGCAAAUCUUCCUUCCAUCAUGAAAGCUGCCAAGACACUAAAAAUUAAGGGAUUCUGCAACACAAAUGUUGAAGAAACUCUAUUAGAUCAGAAUGCCCCUGGAGAGGAAACAAAUAUUAUGGAAAGCGAUGAAGAGAAUAACUGCCAUGAGAAUAUAUACUCUGUGUCGCCUGACUCCCCUGGAGAGAUAGCACAGGAACACAGACUCCUCCCAAAGUUGAAGGAAUUGAGGCCCAGUGGACUCAGGUAUCCUCAGGUGGAAGUGUUCAUUGACAAUAUAGAAGAGUCUCAAGACAUGAUUUAUGAAGGAGAAGAAGUAGAGGCAGAUAAGGAAGAAAUAAGAGAAGUGACUAAUACCUGGAUGAAUAUGGAAGAAGAGGAGCUUGAUCCAUUGAGUGUACCACUGCUGGCUCCACACAAACUCUCCUUUACUCCUCCAAAUCUUGACUCCACCACCUUCACUCCAGUUGUCCCAAUGCCUCUGGAAGUCAGCUUGUCUGAGGAUUCAUGUCAAGAGCAACUUUUCAAUACAUCAACUAGUGCUGCCACUACAAGUUCUGCCUUCCGCUACACUGCUGAACAGAAGCUGGAGAUGGUGAAGAACUAUUACCACUAUGGUCCAACUAAAACAGCAAGGUUAAUGAGUGAACUUCUUGGCAGGAAAAUUAAUGAAUCAUCAGUGCGAUCAAUUGUCAGGGCCUGGAUUAGGAAUCAGAAGGCGAAUCAAACUAUGAAAGGGGAAGAGCAAACUUAGGUGGGAAGCAUAUUUCUUAGAUGGUAGGAAGGCCCAGUCUCACCUUCAUUUCAACAAAUAAUACCUGCAGUGAUUUUAGAUGAGAUACAGUAUGCUAAUAUUUAGCCAUCUGUCACUUACGCAUCAUUGAGUAGAAACUUAACAGAAACAAAUUGCUUCAUAGGAGUGAGGGAUAUGCAUGAUUUAAGCAGGGCUGUGAGAGUAUGAGAACAAUUCCCUACAGAAUGAAAUGUAUUUCCAUUUACCUAUCUUUUGGCUGACACUUUUGACCCAGUUUGAGCUGGCAUCUUAAAUUUUUUUGUUUUUUUAAGCAUUUUUGUUGCCCUUAGCCAGUUUUCCUCUCUUGCAUAAGGAUAAGAAAAGAAAAAGGCCGCAUGUGCAAAAAUUAUAUGCAUGAAUGAUUGCAAAAGGAGAAUUCUACUACAAACAUUUUGACUAAUGAAGCUGACUGACAUCAAAUAUUCUCUCUCUCUCUCUCUCUCUCUCUCUCUC